AUGUUUUUAAAAACAUUUUAUUCAUUAAUAUUUCUUUUGUUUGGUAACGCCGAUUCUCUAAGUAAUACAGCAUUAGAAACAUUAACAUCAUGGAAUUGCUUGCCAAACAGAAUGUUUACGUAUGAUCAUAAUAUUUGCUAUUGCGAUGGUAAAGGAGAAAAAAUAACAUGUAAAAGAAAAAUGUACAGUACACUGUAUCCUGAACUACAAGCUUCUCAUUUACAAAGUAUAAAGAAAAAUCUCACCAUGGAUUGUUCAAAAAAAAUUACUAGUACGAACAUAUUUCAUAAUGGAUGUUACGAAUGCCUAUGCACAGAUGAAAAACAUGCGACUUGCAUACCUUCCAAAUGCAAAGCUACUGAUUCCAAAUUAAUUAACUCUGUAGAAAAAUGUAUUCCUGGAUCAAUUUUUAGUGAUAAAUGCAACGGAUGUAUUUGUGGACCAGAUGGUACUGCAACGUGUACAAAUCUAGACUGUUACGCGCUACACGAUAUUACAAAGACCAAGGACGUGUUGUGCAUACCUAAUAGUACUUUGAUUGUCGAGUGCAACGAAUGCAGUUGCAAUCAGUUGGGUACGAGCGUAAGUUGCGAAAAAACUGCUUGUAACUAUCCUAAUUUCCGUCACAAACACAUUCUCAAUGUUACAACUGUAUGUACUCCCAAGAAUAUUUUCAAUUAUGAUGCAUGCCGAAAAUGUAUAUGUAGUACCACUGGUACUUAUGCUAUGUGCUCUGGCGUAAAAUGUGACAUGAAUACAGAAGAUAAUUCUGCCAAUAAGGAUACCGUAGAAAAGUGCCAUCCUGGAAUCAUAUUUAAUGACGACUGUAACAUUUGCAUUUGCAAUAACCAUGGUAAAGGAAUUUGCACCACAUUAUCCUGUGACCUUAAGUAUAGAUUUAAAUAUGUUGAGCAACUAAAUUAUUCUGUACCUUAAAUUGUAAAUUUAAUAAU